UUGAUGAAUCCCCUUCCCAUUGGAGGCUCACACGCAGCCCCGGUAUUGAUUCCAUCAUCUUCCAAGUGCGAAUCAAAGUCGCCCGGUGUGUACCGUUGGUUUGCCCGUGAGCUCGUAAGAAAAAAAAAACGGGGUGAAGCGAAAAAACAUCAACCACCGGCAAAGACGACUUUGCGCCCCCGGGUACGGAUUGUUUCAUCAGGCGUCAAUGGUUUCGCAAAGCCCUUUCGUGGUGCUGUUGGUGGAAAAUUCAUUCCCUCCCCCAUACGGCCAGGGAAUACUGGAGGAAACCCCCGGACCCCGGUCCUGUGCAAAAAGUCAUCUUCGGUGGCCCCAAAUCGUGCGUUCAUCUGUGCUUGUGUGUGUGUGCGAAUGUGCGAAUGCAAUUACCUUCGGUAGUGUUUCAUUUUCGAUUCCGUUCCCGUCAUCGUCGUCCGUCUUGUUGGUGUACGCGCGCGCGUGUGUGUGUGUCGGUUCCAUUUCCCGAGCGCUUCAUUUCGUUUGAUGGAUGUUUGGAAAAGUGGCCUGCUGAUAAGUCGGAGUGCCGCUCCCAGCGGCAGGCAGGGAGAGAAAGAGCCGAAAAAAAAAACGAGACGGAAUCGGAAAAUGUCGAGGACGGAGGAAGAAAAAUCUCAGAAACGUCUGCACGUUGGAUCAGAACGCCAACGCGCUUAGUAUCGCCGGACGAGGUGCUGAAGCGGCGGCGUGCGAACAGUUUCGAGCUGGCCACGCUGCUUGCCAGCUUUCUGAUCGGAAAUGGAUUUGCGGCUUGCGUCGUUUCCGGCUAUGCAACGCGCGAGGUGGUCAACAACGAUCAGCAACGUGUCGUGUGUCCUUUUGUGCCGGUGGAAGCAGAGGAAAGCACCGAAGAGAAAAUACCGGAGCCGCCGAACAAGUAUCAACUCCGCCAGCCGCCCGACCUGCGCAGCCAGUACCUGCUCAACAUCGAGGAGGAAAAGGUGGCCAAGGUGCAGGCGGAGGAAGCGAAUCGAUUGGCCGCCGAGCAGGAGGAGCGCGAGCGGCUCGAGCAGCCACCGAACGAUCCCAAGCGGGGCCACCGCGUCCACGCCUGGGUGGCCAUCGUGCUCAAUGCGCCCUGGUGCUACAAGCCGGGCUACCGCGAGACGGCCCUCGAUCCCAACACGGGCGAACAGGUGCUGCAGCCGCCGAGUGCCUUCUUUCUCGAACCGUCCACCGGCUUCCGGCACGAGGUGUCCUCGCCCGACUAUCUCGCCAUCGAGAGCGUCUGGAACCAGCACAACUACUACGUCAACAAGCAGGAUCCGGCCGCGGGCCUACCGGCAAUGCGCUGGGAUCUGGCCGAUGGGCGCGACUGGGAACACUUUCUGCCGGGGGAACCGUACGAGCUGCGGGAGGACAGCGCGGUGCCGGAGGAUCAGGACCCGCUCACCACGGAGGAGGAGAUCGAGAAGGAGAAACAUCUCGACAUGCCGACGUCCUGGGUGCGGUCGCUGAACGUCUCGCGCACCGACUACGAGCAGCGGUUCCCGGACGGCACCAAGGUGAUCUACUUCAAGAAGACGAUCUACGAGCGGUUCGCACCGUACCGCAACUUGAUCGGCUUGGUGCGGCGCAUCACGACGUACGAUACGCUCGACUACGGCGAACCGAUCAGCCGGUGGGAGUUUUACGCCAACCGGGACGAUCAGCUCAAUCUGGUGCGCAUCGAGUACCGGACGCACGAGACGGAGGAACGGUUCGACAAGGGCCGGCCGGACUGUUUGCGCUCGCUGAAGCACCGGGCGGCGCCGAACAAUGAGUACGAGCUGCGGUUCUUUUACCAGUACCGGUUCGAUGCGCUGCGUACGCUGGUGUACCAUGCCGAGUACAUACAGGAGCACUACGAUAAGCGCGAUGAUCGGUUAUAUUAUCGCGAAUUUCACAACAUUCCCAAGGAUCCGGUCACUAAAGAACCAAGCAAGUUGACGCACAUUACUGAAAAGUUUCAUCAACAUCCGACCAAAGAGCCAGUGAAGGAUAUUGCGAUUCGGAAUUGCUACAUACAGGAUAACAAGAUUGCUCUCCAGUUUCACUACGGUGAGGACUGCAUUACUGCCUCCACGCGUGAGUUUGUCAAGCCGCCCAAGUCCGAGAUGGGCGAAGAAGUGCCGUACGAUCCUGCCUGCACCACUGGCUAUGUGUCCAACCCCUGGGACCCGCAACCGACGCAGCUCGAUCUCUUCCUCCUCCUCAAGGAGCAGCUCAAGGCGGAAGAGCUCGCCUCGCACGCCUUCCGCCGUCGGGUGGUCGAAAUCGAUACCAUGCUGAGCGAGCGGCGCAAGCAAACCGACUCACCGCGCCUCACCAACAGUCUGUUCGAUCCGCUGCGCAACGAGGAGGCCCGUCAGCAGCGGCUGGCCAAGUACGAAGCGAUCAAGGCACGGGAGGAACAGAUCAAGCAGCAGCAGGCCGACUUCCUGGCGCCGUAUCUGCUCCGGCUCGGCAACGCUAGCAAGCGCCCCCCAACCCGGGCCCAGGUGAUGGCACUGUACCGGGACUGUACGACGGAUCUGCGCCGGUUCUAUCAGCGGCUCGAGGAAGAGCUGCGCAACCGGUGCGACGAUCUGAUCACGGAGGAGCAAUCGCUCAAGCGGUUUCUGGCCCGCUUCCAGCAACACUUCGAGGACGCCGAGUACGAGAAGUUCAUUGCCGAGGGGGAGACGAUCGAGCGCGAUAAGCACAUACUGCAGAUGCGCCUGGAGAACAUACAGGACGACUACCGGCGUAAGGCGGCCCAUCUGCGGCAGGCCUUGCGGGAAGAUGAGCGCCUCAGACCGUACUUUGGUGCGGAGCUGGAGGAGCCACCGUGUGAGCGAAGUGAUUACGACGAUGAAUGAUGGUUAGGUUAGGUAGAGGCCGCUUUGGUGCCUUGUGUGUGAGUUUUUUCUAAUGCGUUUUAAAAAUAUUGUCAAAACUGCUAAAAUUUUGAGUGAAAUAAAAAGAAAGAAGAGCCAUCACGAUA